AUGGCAGCCACUAUCUGGAAGGCUCCUUCCAAGAAGGACCAUCCCUACGUGCCACUGGCAAAGCAGAAUUCCGGCCCGCUCUGGGUUCAUCCGAAGGUUCCGACGCAGUUGCAGACGGAGUUCAGGACCAACUACGGACGUGAAGGCAUCCAGAGGCCCCCGCUGUCCUACUGCCAGACCCGCUACCUCUCCACCGGCAGCUUGAGCCGCCCCGCUACGGCAGAUGCAACUGCACUGGCUGCCAGGAGCGGCUCCGCCGUUGCUUCGUCGAUGCGCCACGAGGUUUCUUCGCGGCAGACGUAUCUGCGGCAGUCUCGGCUGUCCUCCAACGCCAGUCCUGAACAAGAGCCCGGCUACAUGGAAAGGCGAGCCUACUGCGUCUGCAGUUCGGCCAGGGGUUCGGAAUCCGGUGAGGAUGGCAUCCUCGAUCCCGCCGCCCUCUUCGCGACCUCCAGCGGGCGCUACGGCCAAGGCAGCCUACCGCGUUGGGUCAAUGACAAGAGCUGCGGCAAGCCUCAGUCCCCCGAGGUGGCCUUCGCCAGCAACAUGAUUGGCUGCGGAAUUCCUUUUGACGCUUCCAUCCGUUUCAACAAAGCUGGGGAUCUUGGUCGGUGA